AAGUUUUACAAUAUCAAUUCUCGUCUUCACAUUUUUUUCAUCUCGCGAUGUCUCCUUGUCCUUCACGUGAAAUCCAAAAUGGGUUAUUGGGAUCUGCAAGAGGGUAAGGAUUGUGUCGAGAAAACAUGGAUCACCACCAAGUUAGGCACAGCUCUAGGGUUGGUGGGUUCAGCCUAUCACAUUGUGGCAUUCCAGCCUGAUUCUGCAAUCCAAGCUGUUCAGAGAGCCACAAAUGGCACAGUAACCAUGGCUGCCUUGGGGGCCAUUUUUGGAAUGACCACUUGUCUAGCUGCACAGGCCCGGGAUGCUCCUGAUGACCCUGUGAACUACUUCAUCGGAGGCUGUGCAUCAGGAGUCUUUCUUGGAGCUCGUACUCACAGUGCAAUGACAGGCACGACGGCAUGUAUUGGGCUGGGGACACUGGCCAUGUUCACCAAGGUGGGCAAGAUGGAGGGCUGGAGAUUAGCGGGACCACCGAGGAUGUAAACAGCCUGAGACUAUAUAUCAACAUGUAUAUUACUUGAAUAAACUUGUGUAAAAGAGUA